UAUUUUAGAUUUGAAAAGCAGUUUUCCAAAACUUUUCCAAAGCAUUUAGCUGUCAAAUGAUGUGACCAUUUCCGCCAUCGUGUUUGGUUGUUGUGUUUGGCCAAAGCAGAUUGUUUACAUUCUUCCCGCCAGCAUCGUUCCAAAAUGUCCAAAAAAUACGGUCUUAUUGAACGCGGUGCCGAUUCCGGGCCAGUGAAAAAACAUGCAGCAUUUGCAAGCGACUCCGAUUCGGAUGACGCCGGUACCAGCAAGGUGAACAUCGAGCUUGGUGCGAUACAAAAGCGACAGGCACAAGCGUUGCAGCAGAAAGCAGUCGAAGAAGAUCCAACCAUUUACCAGUAUGACGAGCUGUACGACGAUAUGGUAGAGCAGAGGGAGAAGAGUUCGAUUCAAGCGAAGGAACAAACGGUCGACCGGAAGCCAAAGUACAUUGGCAAGCUGAUGGAAACGGCUGAGCGGCGGAAGAAGGAACAGGAGCGUCGUAUCGAGCGACAGGUGCAAAAGGAACGUGAUGCGGAAGGUGAAAAGUUUAAAGACAAGGAAUCGUUCGUAACGUCCGCUUACCGCGCGAAGCUGGAAGAGAUGAAGAAGCUCGAGGAGCAAGAGAAGCGUGAAGAGUACCUCGAAUCGAUCGGGGACGUCACGAAGCAAUCGGAUUUGGAUGGGUUUUAUCGUCACAUUUACGAUCAGAAAGUCAAAAAGGAAGACAAUGAUACAGCUGGUAAGGAAGUUGCAAAGGAAGAGGUUGCUUCGCGCGAGGAAGCAACCCGGACAAGUGAAGAACGCGUAGAAGAGAAGCAAGAGCGACCAAAGGCAUCGAAUCAGCGGGAGCGUAAAUAUCGUAAGCGAAAGUCAGACGAUGAAAAUGACGACCAGGCUGAGGAUAAUCAACCGACCGAGCGGACACAUUUGCAAUCGAAUCUGGACGCGGAUUCCGAUUUUAGCAUCGAUUCGGACAGUAGCAGCGAUAGCUCGGAGAGUGAAGAGGAAAAGGAGAAAAAGAAGGGCGAGGAUGCAGAAGACGGGGCUGCAGAGACGAACGGUCACACAAAACCGGCAGAUGUACCGAAGGAUGCCGGCAAGGAAGGAUCGCCGAAGGAAGCGAAUGAAACGGAAGAACCGGAAAUCAAGAAGCCCAAACCACCACCGAUCGACAUCUGGAAGAAGCGUACGGUGGGCGAUGUGUUUGAAGCGGCCCGGCAACGAUACUUCGAACGACGCCAAUUGCAGGAAUCAUGUUGAGCUCCAUGAAAUACACGAUCCGGUGGUUUAGGAUUAACAAGUUAA